AACUUUGGGGAAGAAGAUUUUUGCUUCUACACUCAAGACGAGGCAGAUGAUUUCGACUGGAUUCUUUCCACUGACACGGAGGAUGGAGGUUCAAAUCCUCAAAGUAGGUGAAUUGGAGUAGACUAAUAUUCUUGAAAUAAGCGACCAAUCUUUUUCUUUUCAUUUUUACUUUAAGAUGUAAUUUUUUUUCUUUGAUUUUCAUCAGUGUUUCCUCUACACUUUUUGGACC